AUGAAUCCAGAUAACAAGAACGACGUCGACGUCGAGUCGGAGGGCGAAAAGCUCAAAGAUGAUGACCGCACGGGACGCUCCACGAAGAUCACCUUCGAGGAGGGCUCUUCCGCAGAGGGAUUCCGGUCAAUCUACCAGCCGACUCAGGUCACUCGGACCCGCUCGCUGAGCCGUGACACCAUCCGCAGCAACAGAAGCAGCAUGCAGGGAAAUGCUGAACUGCCAAUUGAGUUUCGAACCCUCUCCAUCCAGAUCUCGGAAUCCCAGAACGCCCCCAAGGAGGUCGAUCCUCCAAAGGAGAAGCAGCUACACCAAGACUACUUCGAGAGCUUGGACUACCACAUCAUCUCCGCCGAUAAACUGUGUCAAGAAUUCAAUGUCGAUCAGCGUGUUGGACUAAGCUCGUCCGCUGCGGCUACACGUUUGCAGCGGGACGGCAAAAAUGUCAUCGCCCACCAUCGCGAGAACUAUCUCAAGAAGAUCUUUUGUCGUCGUCUUCUUCAUUUGCUGGAAGCCUCUCAGCGACCCCCCUCGCCUCAAAAUCUUGCCAUGGCUGUCCUCAUUCUCAUCGUCAUUGCUUUGCAGGCAGGCUUCUCAGCUUUUCAAGAUUGGUCCACUGCACGUGUCAUGAACUCCAUCCUAGGUCUCCUCCCCGCAGAAGCUAUGGUAAUGCGGGAUGGGAAACUCAUUCAUCUCCCCGCCUCAGAUCUGGUGGCUGGUGACAUUGUUCAAAUUGCAAUUGGAAACAAGGUCCCAGCUGACAUGCGCCUCUUGACCACCUCGGGGGAUGUUCGCUUUGAUCGUGCUAUUCUUACGGGCGAGUCGGAUGAGAUCGAAGGCGCCAUUGAUUGCACCGAGAACAACUUCUUGGAGACUCGCAACAUUGCCCUCAUGGGAACUGGCGUCACUAAUGGCAAUGCUAUUGGCGUUGUCAUUCUUACUGGCUCCAACUCCGUCAUGGGACGUAUUGCAUCCAUGACAGCCGGUGUCAAGCAAAAGAAAACCUUGAUCCAGCGCGAGAUCAAUCGUUUCGUCACAAUUAUUGUUGUCCUUACAAUUGUAUUGGUUUUGCUCAUCGUUUUCACCUGGCUGGGAUGGUUGAAACGGGAUCAUCCUACCUACAUGAGCGUUGUCGCCAUGUUGAACAAUGCCAUGGGAAGUGUUGUUGCCUUCAUCCCCGAAGGUGUGCCUGUCGCUGUCGCAUUGACCCUCAUGAUGGUUGCGAAGCGGAUGAAGAAGAACAACAUUUUGCCCAAGGGACUGGCAACUGUUGAGACCUUGGGCUGUGUGAAUGUCCUCUGCUCCGACAAGACCGGUACUCUCACUCAAAACCGCAUGUUUGUCAAGUCGCUCGGAAUGGUCGACUGGGAAUACAGCCUCGAGGAUCUGUCUCCUGGCGAGUUCGGAACCGUCGAUCUUCCUGACGGUUUGCGAAAUAUGCUACGCGCAUCUGUUUUGUGCAAUGACGCCGUCUUCGAUCCGACUACUAUGAGCUUGCCCGUUCAUGAACGUGCUGUCAACGGCAAUGCUACCGAUGCCGCAGUUUUGAGAUUUGGUGACAGUGUUGGAUUGACCAACCCGACUGCCCUGGCUCCAUAUGAACGUGUGCACCAGAUUCCGUUCAACUCAAGGAACAAGUGGAUGCUCACCCUGCACCGUGAUCCAAAAUCUACCAAGGAGUUCCUUCUCUAUGUCAAGGGAGCCCCAGAUGUGCUGCUGGAUCGUUGCGCUACUUACUGGUCUGCUACUCAUGAUGCAAUUCGUCCUCUCGAUACCGAAGCACGCGAAAAGUUCUCCAACUACCAGGCUAAACUAUCACGCCGUGCAGAGCGUGUGAUUGUCAUCUGCCAACGUCGCUACAUUCCUAAAUCUGCCCCUGGCUCCAACGAUUUCAGCAACGAGAUGCUCGAGUGUGGUGUGCAGGAUCUCACAGUCCUCGGUAUAUUUGGUAUUAUUGAUCCCCCACGCCCGGAGACGGCCUCAACAGUCGCAGCUUGCCGCAGGGCCGGUAUCCGCUUCUUCAUGGUUACUGGUGACUUCGGAUUGACCGCCGCUGCCAUCGCUCGUGAGAUUGGAAUCUUUGACGGACAAGUUGAGCCGGACACCAUCGACGAUCUGAAGGAUAACCUGGAUCCAACAACAAUGGAAGCCAAAGUCCCCCGGUCCCGACACAGUCUGCUUCUUGAAGGACCCAGCUUGUCAUCGCUGGCUGUGGACGACUGGGAGACAGUUUGCGGCUACGAAGAGAUUGUUUUCGCUCGCACCACCCCUGAACAGAAGCUUCGUAUUGUGACAGAACUCCAGGGUCGUGGUUGCGUCGUUGCUGUAACAGGUGAUGGUGUCAAUGAUGCCCCAGCCCUGCGCGCAGCAGACGUCGGUAUUGCAGUCGGAUCGGGCAGCGAUGUUGCAAUUGAGGCAGCUGAUCUCGUACUCUUGGACAAGUUCGACUCUAUCGUCGAGGCCAUUCGUCUUGGUCGCCUGGUCUUCCAGAACCUGCAGAAAGUCAUCGCCUAUCUCCUCCCAGCAGGUAGUUGGUCCGAGAUUUGGCCUGUGCUCAUGAACGUCUUUUUCGGCUGCCCUGCCCCGCUCAGCACCUUCCUCAUGAUCAUCCCUCCCCCCCGCCGUCCCACCAAAGACCACCUUAUCAACCUUCGCAUCUACGGCCAGUCAUACCUGUUCGUCGGUGUAAUGGAAACCUUCAGUGCCCACGCCAUGUUCUUCUUCUACAUGUGGCGUCACGCCGGUAUCCCCUUCUCCGACCUCAUCUUUGCCUUUGAGAGCUACGGCGAGGGCUUCCACGGAUACACCGCAGACGAGUUGAACCACUUCGUCGCCGUCGGCCAGUCCGUCUACUUCGUGACUCUGGUCAUCAUGCAAUGGGGCAACGUCUUGUCCGUCCGCAGCAAGCGCAUGUCCCUCCUGCAAGCUGAUCCCAUCCGUCCAGCCCGUCGCAACGUCUGGCUUCCUCUGUCCAUUCUCAUUUCCCUGAUUAUCGCUAUCUUCGUCACUGAAGUCCCUGGUAUCCAGAACAUCUUCGCUACAGCCUCAGUCCCCAUCUUGUUCUGGUGCAUCCCAAUCGGUCUUGCAAUGGGUGUCCUCUGUAUGGAUGAGCUGCGCAAGCUCCUCGUCCGACUCUUCCCCAAGGGACCCAUUGCCUGGGCUUCGUGGUAA